UGCUCCGUGGAUGACGUGGCACUCUUCUAUUGGUCCAAUUCUGGCCUUCGGGAUUCACAGCCGCAGACAAUUUGAUCGAAGAAAACACACUCACUCUCUGUCUCCGUCUCUGUCUCUGUCUCUCUCUCCGUGUGUGCAAACACUCUCAGAAAACGGAAAAAAAAAGAAAAAAAAGAAAGUCUCUGUUUUUCUUCUUCGUCGGGAAAUUCCCAAAUUUCUCUCAAUUUCUCACUCCAAAACUCGAAAGCUCUGCAAUGUCUCAUUGUCUGACUCGGCCGAAUUCCGAUUCCUGAACGCCGAGUUCGCCAACUCACUGAGUCGGGAGAGCAGGGAGGGAAAUGGUUGAGGGAAUGCAGAGCAGCGUCAAUGGCGGUUUGCCGCAGUUGCAGAGCUGUGGGGAGAGCAGCGAGGAAGAGCUCGCUGUGCUGCCACGUCACACCAAGGUGGUCGUGACCGGGAACAACCGCACCAAGUCGGUUCUGGUCGGCCUCCACGGCGUGGUCAAAAAGGCCGUCGGCCUCGGUGGCUGGCAUUGGCUGGUUCUUGCUAAUGGUGUAGAGGUAAAGCUUCAAAGGAAUGCUCUUAGCGUGAUUGAAGCUCCGAGUGGUAACGAGGAAGAUGAAGACCUGGAAUGUGAAAAUGGGCACCGGAAUGCCUCUGAUAUGGCAUCCGAUGAUUCUCAAAAAUCACAAAGAACAAGGCAUCGCAUGCACAAAUCAUGUGGAUCAUCCCGCUUGCCUGCGAGCAGUUCCUCCUCCCGUGACUCACUGUCGAAGAAGAGUUACCUGAGUGUGCUGGAGACCCCCGCUUUAUGGCGAUAUUGCCAACACUAUAACCUUGCUGGGAACCUUACCAACUCAACUAGAGAGCAACUACUUGAAGCUGCCGAAAAGCAUUUUAGGGCAAUGGAAGUGGAUGAGAAUGAGGUCCUCGGCGCGCUCUUUAAACCAAAGAGACAGAACAGAGGUAACGAAGGAACUCGAGAUAGGCAAGAGAACGAGUCGACAGAUGGUUAGAUUUGGUCGUUCGUCAGCGCUGACCGAUAACAAAGAUCAGAACAACCCGAAUGUGUAGGCCUCUGCAGUGGUAGGUUUAACCUCGAAAUUAAGCAUAUUGAGAACUUGUUACUUCUAUGGGUUCUGUUGUGGAUGCUGGUCUGUCUAAAAACUAUAUAUGCAAAGGUUGUAAAUAUAUAUGUGUUUUGUUUGUGUGAGGACUUUAGAAGUUUUGUUGAUAUGGUUUAUAGUAGAUUUUGGUAAAUGUAUAUAUUUAUGUGGAAAAUGGUGGUUCUAGUUGCCUCGAUCUAGCAUUUUAGUAAAUA